AUGACCCUUAUUGAAGAAGGCUAUUCGCAAAGAGAAAUCGCCACAAGACUGAAGACAUCCAAAGGAGUAGUUCACAGGACCAUUCAGCGUUACUCUAGUACCGGCGGUUUUAAGGAUAAACCAAGGUCAGGACGACCUAGAGUUACGACGAAAACCGAAGAUCUGCAUAUCAUCACCAUAAGCAAGCGAUCUAGGAAGAAAACAGCAUCAGAAAUACGCGCCGAGAUCAAUGAAAUCCGGGAUAAUCUGUAUCAACGAUACAACGAAGGAUCAGCUCCCGGACGAAAAAUUGCAAAAGAUCGCUUUACAUUUUUGGUAUGCACGAACAGCACUGGUGAGCACAAGUUAAAACUUCUGACCAUUGGAAAGGCAAAAAAUCCCAGGUGCUUCAAGAAUUUUAGGCCUCCAAUGACAUACACCAACUCAAAGACUGCAUGGAUGACAAAAGAAAUUUUUAAAAACUGGUUUUAUUCAGAAUUUGUUCCACAGGUACGGGAGUUUAUGAAGAAUAAUAACCUUUCAGAAAAGGCAUUGCUUAUUCUUGAUAAUGUCCCAAGUCAUCCACCUGAAAAUGAACUUCAAAGCGAUAAUGGCUGCAUUCGGACAAUGUUCAUGCCUCCAAAUGCAACACCACUUAUUCAACCGAUGAUGGAUCAAAAUGGCGAGAUGUUGAAAAAAUUUAAUUUACGUGACGCUCUGACAUGCCUUCAAGGAGCUUGGGACAAACUUACACCGGAAGUUAUUGAAAAGUGUUGGCAUGAACUGUUUGCAUAUGAAGCUGUUUCUAGUGACGAGGACGAAGGUGUCCCUCUUGCUGUACUACAACAAAGAAUGCAACUGGAGGAAAUAAACCAGGUUUCAACCACAGCACUGAGUAUGCUACAAGAAGUUUUUCCUGACGUUCCAUGUUCCUCUAACGGUAUAAGAGAAUGGAAUGAAGAUGUAGUUCAGCUGCCUUCUGAUGAAGAAGAACUUUCCUCAGAAGAUAGUGUAGUCGAGGUUAUAGAAGCAAUUAAACCAGCAGAGGCCAUUUCAGCUAUCAACACCAGCCUGAAGUUUGCAGAGCAAUGUGAGGCCGAUGUAUCGACACUUUUAAGCUUAAGAAAUUUACGAGAGAAAGCAAUAACUAGACUUCUUUCUUCCGGGCGACAGUCUACUAUAGAGCAGUUUUUUAAGAAAAAGGUCUAA